UAACCGUGACACAUGGAACCAGAUCCAAUUAUAGCAGCACUAAUUACCAUAUAACUGGCCAGGAUCAAACCCUGGUCUUGCCAGUAACCGUGACACAUGGAACCAUAUCCAAUCCUAGCAGUACUAAUUACCAUAUAACUGGCCAGGAUCAAACCCUGGUCUGGCCAGUAACUGUGACACAUGGAACCAGAUGCAAUACUAGCAGUACUAAUUACCAUAUAACUGGCCGGGAUCUAACCCUGGUCUGGCCAGUAACUGUGACACAUGGAACCAGAUCCAAUUAUAGCAGCACUAAUUACCAUAUAACUGGCCGGGAUCUAACCCUGGUCUUGCCAGUAACCGUGAAACAUGGAACCAGAUCCAAUCCUAGCAGUACUAAUUACCAUAUAACUGGCCAGGAUCAAACCCUGGUCUGGCCAGUAACUGUGACACAUGGAACCAGAUGCAAUACUAGCAGUACUAAUUACCAUAUAACUGGCCGGGAUCUAACCCUGGUCUGGCCAGUAACUGUGACACAUGGAACCAGAUCCAAUUAUAGCAGCACUAAUUACCAUAUAACUGGCCGAGAUCGAACCCUGGCCUGGCCAGUAACCGUGACACAAGCAGCCAGAUCCAACCCUAGCAGUACUAAUUACCAUAUAACUGGCCGAGAUCUAACCCUGGUCUGGCCAGUAACUGUGACACAUGGAACCAGAUCCAAUCCUAGCAGUACUAAUUACCAUAUAACUGGCCAGGAUCUAACCCUGGUCUGGCCAGUAACCGUGACACAUGGAACCAGAUCCAAUCCUAGCAGCACUAAUUACCAUAUAACUGGCCAGGAUCAAACCCUGGUCUUGCCAGUAACCGUGACACAUGGAACCAGAUCCAAUCCUAGCAGUACUAAUUACCAUAUAACUGGCCGAGAUCAAACCCUGGUCUGGCCAGUAACCGUGACACAAGCAGCCAGAUCCAACCCUAGCAGUACUAAUUACCAUAUAACUGGCAGAGAUCUAACCCUGGUCUGGCCAGUAACUGUGACACAUGGAACCAGAUCCAAUCCUAGCAGUACUAAUUACCAUAUAACUGGCCGGGAUCUAACCCUGGUCUGGCCAGUAACCGUGACACAUGGAACCAGAUCCAAUUAUAGCAGCACUAAUUACCAUAUAACUGGCCAGGAUCAAACCCUGGUCUUGCCAGUAACCAUGACACAUGGAACCAUAUCCAAUCCUAGCAGUACUAAUUACCAUAUAACUGGCCGAGAUCUAACCCUGGUCUGGCCAGUAACCGUGACACAUGGAACCAGAUCCAAUCCUAGCAGUACUAAUUACCAUAUAACUGGCCGGGAUCUAACCCUGGUCUUGCCAGUAACCGUGACACAUGGAACCAGAUCCAAUCCUAGCAGUACUAAUUACCAUAUAACUGGCCGGGAUCUAACCCUGGUCUUGCCAGUAACCGUGACACAUGGAACCAGAUCCAAUCCUAGCAGUACUAAUUACCAUAUAACUGGCCGGGAUCAAACCCUGGUCUGGCCAGUAACC